CCUUAUUUUCAUUUCCCUCCUAAUCUUCACCCCAUUUCCCUAACUCUAGCUUCCAAGGUCUUGUAACCCCAACAACCAAUCCCCACCUCUUGCCGCCGUCACCAUCACUUCCACAUUUUUCCCUUGUCACCAUCGCAGCCCCCUUGCCGCCGUCACCACCACUUCCAAAUUUUUCCCUUGUCACCAUCGCAACCCUCUUGCCGCCAUCACCACCGCAACCACCUCCGCUGCCGCCACGACCACCACUCACCCCAUUCCCGUCACGUCACCACCUCCGUCGCUAUUUCAGGCGAGUCAUAGAACAUUUUUUGUUUGAUUCAUCCAUCUUAGACAUUGUGAGUCCUAGAUUUCAAUUAUAUGAUGAAAUCAAGAAGAUGGGUAUUUGGGGGUUUCUAAUGAAUUUUGAUAUAAGAAUCCAAAUUAUAGAAAUUGUGAAAUAUAUGGUGUUUAUCUUCUGAAGAUGGGUAUUUAGGGUUUAUAGUGAAGGUACCAGACAUUCUAUCUUUGUUUUUUUUUCAACCAGAGACCUUUUUGUAGAGUUAUAGGGAAGGAUAACACGUGAGUGCUUGUGGUAAAAAUGGCAAGCUCUUUAAAAAUUAAGAAUUUGUUGGUCCGAGGCCCCAACAGUAGCUGUCUUUCAGAAGGCUUGUGAACAUGUAUGGUCAGAUCUAGGCCCAGACUUGCAAGUUCAAUACCAUCAAAGAGUGCUACCAGCUCUAGCUACUGCAAUGGAUGGCUUUAAUAACCCGCGAGUUCAGGAACACUUCCAAAAGUACUAUGAUGCAGUCAUGCCUUAUUUAAAAGCUAUAUUAGUUAAUGCAAAUGAUAAAGCCAAUCGUAUGCUUCGAGCUAAAGCCAUGGAAUGCAUUAGUUUGGUUGGAAUGGCUGUUGGGAAGGAAAAAAUUAAAGAUGAUGCUAAGCAGGUUAAAUCAGACAAUUAACCUAAUCACUAGAGGGCAAAUUCGUCUCUUCAUUCAUUCAGCGAGAAGUUGGUUACACUGAUAUCCUGAGUAGCACUGGACGAACAGAAGUUGAUUUUGAAGAAAAUCGACCGAUCGAUGAUCAUGCUCAAUUAUCUGUUUAUCAGAGAGUUUCGAUUGAGGAUGUUUUAAAUCCGCGACCUGCAAAUCCAAUUCCAAUUCCAAUUUCAAGUUCAAGUUCAAGUGCUGCAAACGAGUUUUCUAUUGAUGAAAGGGUUUACACUUCGGAGGUUCAGGCAUCAGCUACACCUGUUGUUGGAAUGCAAUUUAUCUCUAUUGAACAAGCAUAUGCGUUUUAUCAAUCAUAUGCUAAGUUAGCUGGUUUUUCUAUUCGGAAAGGUGGUGAAGUAUGAAGUGGUGGUAUAAUCAAAACUAAGUAUUUUGUUUGUUCUAAAGAGGGACAUAAGCCUCUGUGUAUUGAUGAUCAUUUGAAGUCAAAAAAGCAAUUCAAAACAAGGAACAGGGGGACUACUAGGACCGGAUGCAAAGCUCAACUUAUGAUUUGCACUGUGGAUGGUAGAUUAUAUACAGUAAAGAGAUUUGUUGAUGGUCAUAAUCAUAAGUUUGUAUGUCAAAAUGACAUUCACAUGCUCCUAGCCUACAGACAAUUGUCAAAUGUCCAGGAGGAGAUGGUAUGGGAACUAGGCACUUUAAACCUUGGUCCUGUCAAAGCUUUCCAUAUAAUGAGGAAACGUUUUGGUGGUUUCGAGAACGUUGGUGCUACGGUUGAUGAUUGCAAAAAUUUUAGGAAGCGAAUAAACAACUAUAUAGGAGAGUAUGACGCUGACAUGGUAAUAAAUAGGAUGUCUGACAAAAAAAAAUAUUUAGCUGAUUUUUCAUUUGAAUACUCUGUUGAUGAUGGCAAACGGUUAACUGGUUUGUUCUGGGCUGAUGGUUUAUGCAAACUUAACUAUAUGGAAUUUGGCGAUGUGAUAUCGUUCGAUGCAACCUUCAAGACAAACAGGUACAAGAUGGUGUUUGUUCCGUUCACAGGCAUUGACAACCACUGUCGUAAUGUAACACUCUCAGCUGGGUUUGUGGCAUCAGAGAGUAUUGAAUCAUAUAAAUGGCUUCUGAAUUCAUUUUUGAGUCAUUUGGUCGGCAGCCUAAUGUUGUAGUGACGGAUCAAGACCCUGCUAUGAAACAGGCUAUUGAGGAGGUUUUCCCUAUUAGCAGACACAGAUUGUGUAUGUGGCACAUAAUGAAAAAAAUGGCAGAUAAGGUUGGACACGAGUUGUGCAAUAAUGAUGAGUUUAAAAGGCGGAUGUGCGACAUUGUUUGGACUGAUUCGAUUGAGCCCGAAGAAUUCGAGAGACAGUGGAAGUUGCUGAUGAUUGAGUUCGGUCUUACUGAAAACAAAUGGAUUGAUGAUAUGUUUGGGAUGAGAUCCAUGUGGAUUCCGGCUUUUUACCGGCACGAGCCAAUGUCAGGUCUUCUGAGAACAACUUCAACAUCAGAGAGUGAGAACCAUUUUUUUUGUCAGAUUGCUAAUUCACAACUCACACUUGUAGAGUUUAUGAAUCAUUUUGAUGGUGCAAUGGAUGUACAAAGGUUCAAUCAUAGAAAAAAUGAUCAUAUUUCAAGAUAUACUGAGCCAGCUGAUUGGAGUCAAACUACAUUGGAAAAAGAUGCUGCUAAGAUCUACACCAGGUCUAUAUUUUUUGAUCAGCAGUUAGAGAUAAAUGGAACAAUUUCCGAAUGUUUGCCGAUGGACACCAAAGUUGAAGGUCCACGUAUCAGAAUAUUGUUGAAGGACUUUAAAGCACAUGGAGAUGGUUUAUUGGAGGUGUGGUUCAAGAAUCUUGAAAAUGAUGUAACUGCACAGUGUAGCUGUUUGAGUUUUGAGCAGGAUGGGCUGCUAUGCAAACACAUAUAUUUUCUUUUCAAGAUGUUUGGUGUUAAAGAAAUUCCAAACAAAUAUGUUACGAAGAGAUGGACGAAGGAUGUGGUACCCAAUGAGUUAAAUGUGAAGUACAAUCUUAAUAUUGGUGGUAAGGAUGUGCAACACAAGGCUAAACGGAUUGCUUGUGAAAUCAUCCACACAGGGGAGUAUUUGGUUAGCAAUUUGAUUUCCGACCUUGAUCAACUUGUCUUAGUGAGGGAUUAAAUGAUGCAGCUUAAAGAGAAAGUUGAUCAGAGUCGCAUAACCAAGCAACUUCAUCCAAAAUUUGACCGAUUUUCAAAGUUGAUUGGCUAUCAACAACCAGUAACUAAUGCUCCCCCUACUGUUCGUGUGCCGGCUGGUAUAAGAAACAAAGGCCGCGGCUCGCAUAGAAGGAUUAAAUCUAAGAAGGAACAAAUGAUCAGCCGCAAAGGGAAAAGGUCAAGGACAUGUAGCGUAUGCAAUGAAAAAGGUCAUGACAUUCGGACUUGCGGCGAGCUUAAAGCCAAACAACAAGGUAAACAGGGAAAAAAGAAGAUGAAGGGUGUCCAGAUUGAAGAUGGUGUGAGAGAAAGACAAUGAGGGUGAAGACGACAAAGAGGAAGAUGACUUUGAAGAUUACAGUAGUGAUGAUGAUGGAUCUGAAGAAGAAGAUCAGUGGAAAGAGGUGUCUGGAGAUGAAGAUGACGAGGAUGAGUAAUGUUUUUUUAAAUGUAAAUGCGAAUUUAUACGAAACACAUGCGAUUUUAUAUUCAUUUGUGUAUAUCAUAUUUCACAUUCGAUUUUAGUAGUAUAA